GUUUCUGUCGAGGAUUAAACGUAGAUACAAAGGUUUGAUGGCGCAAUAUAAGGAUCUUCUUAGUCCGUAAUGUCGGUGACCUUACGCUCCCAUUGCGUUCAUCUGUCCUCGUCAACUCCACCGAAAUCGAUUACCACGACAAAAGGUCAUGGCGGAAACAUCUCUUGCCCUCAAAAUCGCCAUAAGCUUGCUCAUGGUUGAUUCUCUAAUCGAGCUCUCCUUUGUCAGUAGUAUGGUCGGAUGGGUACAUCGAACCGCAAGUAAGGGUUUUGAAUUCAAUUACAAUGGCGCCACUUACCCACUGGCCGGCACACCCUCGAAUUUCCUCGUCGACCAAGGACACACUUCGAACGGCGCGGCAGGAACAGCCUUCGUCCUCAUCGGACUCGGUGGCAUUCUGUCCCUCAGGCUUCGAAGUCGAUCCAACUCCCGCAGCAAGUCGGGAAGCAAUAUCCCGUAUUAUCUCUGGAUUGCUUUAAACAUUCCCGCACUCCUCCUCACCCUCGGUGCGCUGGCGUUUACGUUUGCUGUCACGAACGCACAUCGCGGGCAGAUCAUCGACGUCGAAUUGGCAUCUCGGCUGGAUGGCAGCCCGUAUCCGGAGAAUACGUGGACGCCGCAAAACUGGUUCCCCGCUGUGCUCCAGCUCGAUUUGGUCGCUGGAAGGAGUGAUAUAGAGAGCAUUUUGCAUCUGAUGAGAGGCUGGCAGUAUAAUCUGAUACCAUUUUCCAUUAUUCAGUUGGCCGAGACGGUGCUGGCUGUUGCAGAUUUGAUGAGCUGGCGCAAAGGAGGUUAUGCGGUGGCAAAGCAGAAUGAGGGAACAUAGAUGGGAGGAUACAUAUCCUGAUUUACCGGGUCGUAUUCGUUACAAAAAGUCGUAUGGGCAUUGAGAUUUUGGACUAUGAACUCAGGGGGUGUCAUCCAGGAAUCUCUCAGGGUUAUUAAAACAGCGAAUUUGACAGUCGUAGGGUGCACGAGUACAUUGAUACUUGACGACACUGCCUCUGGUCAAGUUAUACUAAAGCAAAUUGAUUGAAAUUAUACCAAC